AUGCAGGAAACGGCGGAUGGAGAGGAGCCUAUACUGGCCGGGGCUACCAGAGAGGAGCAGUAUCCAGUGAAGCAGUCUCUAGCAAGCUCUCUAUGUCGGGAGUCACACUGGAAGUGUCUUCUGCUCACACUGCUUAUGUACGGUUGUUUUGGCACACUGGCCUGGUGUGGGCUAUGCAAGGUUCCAGUGUUGAGAGUCCCAGCAGAGCUUGCAGCCACAGUCUUGGAGAAUGAGGACCAGUCCACAACGUCAACUGCUGCUAGUUUCUACAGCCCUGAUGAGUUGGCUCUGGACAGCCCCUGCACAAGUGGCUAUGUCUACAUUCCGCUGGCCUUUCUUGCCAUGCUGUAUGUGGUCUACUUGGUGGAGUGCUGGCACUGCUACUCCAAGACUGCCAUGCUGGCCCAAGCAGAGGUUGCAGAGGUGUACGAGCGUGUACAGCGGCUUCAGCAAGCUACGCCGUGCAUCUGGUGGAAGGCCAUCAGCUACCACUACGUAAGAAGGACCAGACAAGUGACACGAUACCGCAAUGGAGAUGCUUACACCACCACCCAGGUGUAUCAUGAACGUGUUAACACACAUGCAGCAAGUUCAGAGUUUGACUAUGCCAGGCUGGGUGUUAAGGAUGUCUCGAAAGAGCUAAGGCGCCUUCUGGAGCACCCAGCAGUACGUUUGCGUUUUACGAAGUGCUUCAGUUUCUCCAGCGCCCGAGCAGAAGCGGCUUACCUUACACAAAGAGCACGCUUCUUCGGGGAAAAUGAGGGCCUAGACGAUUACAUGGAAGCACGGGAGGGAAUGCACCUAAAGAAUGUGGACUUUCGUGAGCACAUGUUGGCCUUUCCUGACCCUGCAAGGCAACCCUGGUAUGCCAGACGAAGAGUGUUUUGGCUCGCCUCAGCUCUGCUUUUGUCCUGGCCACUUCGUGUUGUGGCAGAAUAUCGCACUGCAUAUGUUCAUUACCAUGUAGAAAAGCUGUUUGGUGAUGGGGAUGACAACAGUAGAGGAGAUGUGAGCGAGAGUGGGGGGAUAAGUGAAAAUGGAAAUGGACCUGGAGGUGGUGGCAUCGGAUCAAGCUACCGUGCCAUCUCCCGGGUCAACACUGUUGACAUGACGGAACUUGAGUGGCACAUUCGCUGCAAUCAGCAGAUGGUUCCCAGCUACUCAGAGGCACUGCUGAUGGAUCCUGGUUCUGAAAGUAACCAAGGCACUAACACUUCUCCAGCUGGGGCGAACUCUAGUGGGGGAGGGCCUACACUGCCUGUCGCCUUCGCCUCAGCCUACCUGCUCCAGAGCUGUCCUCGCUGCCGACGGUCCACUAGCAGUACAUCACUCCCUUCCAGGCUGAGAGGCCCAACAGCAGCCUUGUUGAAUGGCACUCUGGCUGGAAUGAGGGCUAGCGGAGCAGGGGGUGUUGCUGGAGGUCCAGGGAGGCUUGUCCUGAGCAGAAGUGGCUUUUCUCUGGGACGUCUCCAGGCUUCACGACCGGCAUCUCUUUUCCAUUCGCGGAGUGUGGGUGGUGGACUAGGAGGAAGAAUGGAGGAGGGAAGUGGUGCAGGAGGUGGUGGGUUUCUUGGUUUAGGGUCAAGACAGGAUGAGGAGAGUAGAGGAGUACUAGAGGGAGAGGGGGAGGAGGAGGAAGAUGAAAGAAAUCAGGAGGCUGCAGUGGAGGAAAGAGAGAGGGAAGAUGAGGAAGUUGAGCAACAUGAAGUAAAUGAGGGAGAGGAAGUGAGAGAGGGAGAAAGAGAUGGACCUCCUGCAUAUCAGGAUGCUUUUUUCUUUCCGGUGUUAAUAGUGCAUGGAGAAGAAAGUUGUCACACAGGAGAAGACAUCUCCUAA